AUGGGCAGCACUAAAGAAACAGCCAGCCUGCAGUUGUUGCAUCAAGAACCUGGGCCCCAUCUGCCACAGGUAGCUCAAUCUGCCCCUCUCUGUGAUCAGGUUAGGAGCUGCCAAACUGUGGACCUGACCAUGAGGAACUGCUGUGUGAGUGAACUGGGCCUCCCCAGUGAAGCAGCUAGCUCUGAGCCCCAAAGUCAGCCCAAGAAAGAACUCUCAGAGGUGAGUCUGGGACCUAGCCACUCCAUUGGUCCUGCAGAAUUGGCAUCUGGACCAGAGAAACAAUUACCACUGAAUCCAAAAGAACUGGAUCCUAGUGGAAGCUCCCUGGUUUGCUCCUCUGAUUCCAAGUGCUCCAGCCCCAAUCCUUCCUGGGGCACCAGGGAUAAGGAGGAGUCAGGGAAAGAGGUCACAUCAGGACCACCAACAGGACCCCCCCAAGAAGAGGCUAAAACAGAGACUUCAAGUCUGCUGCCAGCUUCAACCUCAGGGAAGCCAGAUCCUGUGUCCUGUGAGAAAAAGGAUCCCUCACUCUUGGGGAAAAUAGAUUCUGUGACUAUGAAGAACAUGGAUCCCACAUCCUUGGAGAAAAAUGAUUCCACUUCUAUGGGGAUGAAGGAUUCCUUGUCCUCAGGAAGAUCAGACCCUGCCUCCUUGAAGAAGGAUGAUCCUGUGUCAUUGCAGAAAGGAGAUCCUGUAUCCUCAGGGAAAGUGGAUCUCUUGACCCAGGAGAAAGCAAAUCCUAGUUCCAUAGGAAGGAUGGAUCCCAUUUCUUUAGGGAAAGCAAAUCCUUCAUGCUCAGAGAAAGCAAACUCCAUAAGUUCUGGGAAGACAGAUACCCUAUUAUUAGGGAAAGUGGAUUCUUUGCCCUUGGGGAAGGAAGAUGCCACUGCUUUAGAAAAGAGAGAUUCUUUGUCUUCAGGGAAAGUAGAUUCUGUGGUCUCAGGGAAAACAAAUUCCAAGACCUUGGCAAAGGAGGACUCCGGGCCUUUGGAGAAGGAAGAUAUCAUUGCCUCAGAAAAGGCAGAACCCAUGCCUGCAGGGAAAAUACACCCUAUGUCUUUAGGGAAGGCAGAUACCACAUCUCUGGAGAAAGUGGAGCCUAUGCCUUUGGGCAAAGCAGAUCCUAUGUCUUCUGGGGAUGCGGAUCUCACAUCCUUAGAAAAGGUCGAUCUAGUGUCCUUGGGAAAGGCAGCUUCCAUUUCUCCAGAGAAAAUGGACUCUGUGUCUUUGAGAAAUGUGGACCCCAUCUCCUCUGAUAAAGCAGAUCCUGUUUUGUCACAGAAAAUAAAACCUAUUCCCUCAGGAAAGGUAGAGCCUGUGCUCUCAGGGAAGACAGAUUCCACACCUUUGGGAAAGAUAGAUCCUGUAUCCUUGAGAAAGGAAGAUCCUAUGUUUCUAGGGAAAGCAGAUUCUGUCCCCAUGGGGAAGGUGGAUCAUGUUCCCUUAGACAAGGUGGAGCCCAUGUCCUUGGGGAAGACAAAUUCUGGCCCCUUAGGGGAAGUGGAUCUUGUUCCCUCCGACAAGGUAGAUUCCAUGUCCUUGAAGAAGAGAGUAUCUUCAGGGAAAACAGAUUCUAGGUCCUUGGAAAAGACAGAUCCUACACCCUUGGAGAAGGAAGAAAGAACAUCUUCAAGGAAGGGAGACUCUAUGUCUUCAGAGAAGAGGGAUCCUCUGUCCUUGAAGAAGGUGGAUCCCAGCUCCUUGGAGAAGGUAAAUCCCAUAUCCAUGGUGGAACUGGAUGCUAUGUCUUUGGGAAAAACAGAUCCCAUGUCCUCUAAGAAGUCUCCAGCCUCAAGAGAACUUCUCCCAGAAAAGUCUAGUUGGAGUCCAACUUGCCCUAAACCAGAGGCAAUGCCUUCCUCUGAUUCACAGCAGUUGAACAAAGAAAUGGCUAUUUGUGGAGCACCCCAGGACACCCAGUCUGACUUCAGCCAUAAGGCAACAGCAGUUCUCACCACUGGGGCUGAGACCCCCUCAGUGCAGGUCCCUGAGACCCAAUCAACCACAGAGAAACCUCAAAAGACUGUAUCUGUGUCCCUAAGUCAGGGAUGGUCAUCAGGGCACUCCCAGAAAUCAGCCCUGCAGAAGAUGAGCCCAGCUGACCCAGUCAGGGCCAGAGCAGAGGAAAUCUCACUGACCCGAGAGGAGAUCCAGGAGCUUCCCGAAGCACCACAGAAAGGAGUGGGCCCAACUCCAGCCAGGGAAGUCAGGACUAGGGAUAAUUUCACCAAGGUACCAUCCUGGGAUGUGAGCGCUCCCCAGCAGGAUGCUGGCACCCAGGCAGACACACGUGCUGUCUGUGUGUCCGUGGCAGUGAGCCCCAUGACUCCCCAGGAUGGCUCAGGCCCCAUGACCUUCAGUUUCCAGCCCACUGCCCGGAAUGUUCCAGCUUCCCGGAGUCCUGGCCCACUGCUAUCUAAGAAGGAUGUGGAAAUGCAGGUGUCCAUGGGUGUGGAGACCCGGUCGGUAGCCACUGGCCCCAUGACCCCAGUGACCACAUCACCCCAAGCCUCAUACCCAGAAGUGCAGGUGCGAGCGGCUGAGGAAGCUCCCGAGCCUGUGCGGGAGGUCAGCUGGGAUGAAAAGGGCAUGACGUGGGAGGUAUACGGGGCUUCCAUGGAGGUAGAGGUGCUAGGCAUGGCCAUCCAGAAGCAUCUGGAGAAGCAGAUCGAGGAGCAUGGGCGACAAGGCGGGCCAUCGGGGCCGCAGCUCCCUAGCACCCGGGCUGGCUCUCUCAGAGGUGGCCCCCGCCCUGGUGAAGCUAAGCGUCCCCCCAGCUUGUUCAGGGCCCUGUUGCAGAGUAUGCGGAGGCCCCGGUGCUGUUCCCGGGCUGGCCCCACAGCCGAGUGA